AGAGCCAGUCUGGCCCCAGGUCAACCUAGAUAACAAAGCAUCUGCUGGCAAAACUUCAAACAGCUCAGUGGGUAUAGUUGGGAGGGCUACUAUUACAUCUUGUCAGAGGUGAUCAUAUAUCUGGAGCGUGUUGUACGAUAUGGGUUGUACAGGCCUAAGGUGUUGCUAGAGGCUCUACUCGCUGUCCCCUCUUGUGUGAAGCUGAAAGAGCGGCGAGACAGUUGCAUUUUAAAAGGCGUAUUAAUCGAGUCAAGUCGCGUAAGCUACACUAUGAGUCGAUUUCCCUUCAGUAGAAAGACAGUAGGCUUCUAUCAAGUCAUGGCUACACCGGUACCGCAAGCGCCCGAACCAAGUUGUACAAUGGAUUAUAGACAACACGACUCGAAUAAGAAGUCUGUGUUAUUCAGAAGGGAGCAAGAUAAGGAAACAAAGAAGAAAUAUUUCACGCAAAAAUAUGGACAGGACCAAAUGAUGCUGAUUAGAAAAAGGCUGGCAGUAGAAGACUGGGUGUAUGAGCAGAUACGGGAUUUAUACAAUUGUGUGGAAGCUGAAGAAGAUCAUAACUGCAAGUUAGACUUAGAAGAAGUUUUAAAUUUCGACAAUGAUAUGGAGAGAAGAGAAUAUGCAUUAUCAGAAUUAACAGAUGCCAAAAAGCCAGAGGCAGAUGUUUUUAAAUUCGUAGAUGAAUUAUUGCAGAAGGCACGGACAUUAUAACAUGGUGACCUGUCUUUUCACAUCGUGAAUGAAUGAACUGUGCGUGUUUGUGCUACAAGUCAUGUGACCUGGUCACAUGGCAGCUGAAGAUGCCGAGCACACAGUGAGGUGGCAUCGCCUGGUGGCCAGUGCCCCACACUACGGAUAUUAUCAUUGUACAUAAGUCAGCACAGCAUCGUCCCUCGACUCCCCUCCUUCCAUGGACACCCGGACGACUCGCAGAUAUGGCUGGGCGGGCCAUCUUGUGUAGAGCAGUAUUACCUUAAAAAACCUUGGUUCCUGUAUCCCUGCUGUAAAUACAGAACGUACCUCAGAAAGCUGGUCCACACCAGUCAACAUACCGGGCUAAAGCUGAUACAUCUCACCAAAUAGGACUUGAUCCAAUGGCCGAGGUUGCAUGACAUUCGAGGGCAGCUCCCCCUCCUCCCCCCCAGCUGACGGGAUCCUGAUGGAGAUCCAGAUCUCUGAAGCCAGGCCCCCACUAAGCAUUUGUCCCAAACACUCUGCUUAAUGUUGCUUCCUGGCAAAUCAACAGUCAUCUGCUGCUACCAUGUACUAGGACUCCAUGGCUGUGAGGUACAAACAAGUCCAUACACAAGAUGGACUUCCUAGUUCAUGAUGUUGUGGGGCGGUGGCGCCAGCUCCUCCUGCUGCUGCUGCUGCUGCGUCACGUCCUUCUGCUGUUCAGCCUUCACUGCCUACUGGGAAGAGUGUGGCAUUAUAAUAUAAUUUGAACCUAGGCCUGAUAACCUAUCAACUAGAAUAUUUUUGUUUAUCAUUGGCCUGGGUUUCAGUAUGUUGUUAUUUUAGUACAAUUUUACGCAUAUUUUAUGACGAUUGUUAAGGAAAACUGCUGAUGGUGUCUAUCUGAAUCAGUCAGUGUACACACAUUGCCUGUGAUGGUUGUUAAAUGGUAUUUUACAGAUGAAUGAAUAAUAUUAAGUGAAAGUAAAACUUAGCAGCCAUAUCUUGUGGUGACAUGUAUUUGAAUUACUGAAGAGCAAGAGUUAUUGAUCAGCUUGGGGACUUGAUCCACUUUCCACUGGGCAGCAUGGAGGGGAAGGGCAGCAUACACACAUGCCAGUCUCCAACCUGGAGUCACACAACUAAGGCAGUAUCUGCCUGGCUUUUUAUGCAGUGAUGGAAAGUAAAAUAGAGACAAAUAUGUGAGCUAUGGUAUUUAGAAAAAAAUUGGCAGCAACAUUUCCACUAAAAGUGAAGUUCCAUGAACUUUAUUAUUGAAAAAAGAAGCUUUGGCUUGUCUGUGUUAAAGAUUUCUUCAUGGCAUAAUGAAUUUCUAGAUGCUUGCCUGUAGUACUACUUCUAGCUUCUAUCAACAGAUGACCUGCACUACAGUGAUGUCGGGUAACACAUUUCCCAGUUGAAUCCUUGGAUUGUAAUCAAAGGAAUGGCAAGCAAUAUACCAGUUUUCUUUUUUUUGCUGAUAUGAAAUUGCUGCUGCUCUUAUUGUGCUUUGAAUCCUGCUGUCAUGUGAACAUAACAAUUUGGUGUUGUAUGGCUGCAAUGUGAUCUCAAUGUGACAUUUUAUAAUACUUCAUGUCAUGGGGAUCCAGGUUAGAAUUGGGUCUCAGCAACCCAUGCUUGCUGUAAGAGGUGACUAAUGGGAUCGGAUGGUCAGGCUCACUGCAUGUCAUCGUAUCCUAAUUGCCAAGAUAGAUGCUGAUGUGAUCAAUCACUAGAUUGUCUGGUCAAGACUUGAUUAUUUAUCUACCUAUAUAGCUGGAAUAUUGCUGAGUGUGGCAUUAAACAACAAGCAAACAAACAAACAAAAUCAUGUCAUGUGUGCAGCAUUCUGUUUUGCAUGGGGUGCAGACAUUGUUCAAUACAUUGGCUACAUUGCAUUGUUCCAAUGCUGAUAUAAUGGGGACACUCCAGUAAACUCUAUAAGUAGAAUAAUAGUUCCCCACAUCCCUUGUUUGUCUUUCUUCUGGUUUUACGUAUAUUUAAGUAUAUUGGUGACAAAACAGUAGUAAUUUGUUUACUGUUAUUUAAUCCUCAACCAGAUUGUCUCUUGAGACAAUUGUGAAGUGUUUAGCUGCUGGUAUAUAGCAUAACUUGUAACAUAGCCGGACAAACAUGGGAUGCCUGAGCCAUUAAUACAUAAUUUCUCUGGGUUGUAGUUCUCUUUCAAAGACAUUUUGAUGUUGUGCCACUUUGUCCAUGUUUAAGACUUACCAUUUCCAUAUGUUCAUAUGAACACACUACCAAAGUAAUAUGACAAGCCAUUGGUCGAGAUACUACACUUCUUCUUGGGCAGGACGUUGUGUUUAUGUGCCCCAGGUGUCCAGGCAACCACUCCCAGGUCUCAACUACAGCAUGGUGAAAUCCUUUUGGGGAACUUCAGGCUUGCUCACAAUGAUCAGUGUUCAGGGAAUAUCUGUAAGCUGUGUUUGUUGUGUUGAUCAACAAUCUAGCAAUAAAAAUACAUCAGUAACAUCUUCAUUAUAGAGGAUUAUGCAUACCAUUCAGAAAAUAGCAAUAUUUGGAUAAAUAAACAUGAUGGAGAAAACAUUAAUAAUUAGGGAGGACCAUGUCUCCUGUGUCAGCUAUUCCCAGCCAAUUGGAGUCCCUGUAUGUUGUACCUACAUUCAUAAGCAAUACCCUGCAAUCUCCGGUCAGCCUUCCUAGCAAACAUCAUGCAUAUUUUGAUAUCCUUGGCCUGAAAUCCAGUUAUACAGUGUGUGGUAUUAUUCAUCAAUAUUGCCUUGCUGAAUGAUAUUGGAAAAAUCAUAGGAAAUCAUUUAUGUUAUAUAUUUUAAAUGUAACUUCAAGGUUAUUUUAAGGUCCCAAAAAGAAGUAUAAUCCUAAAUAUGUUCAACAAUGAGGAUAUUAAUAUAUGCAAUUUUCUCUUUGUUAUUUGACAAGUAUGUUUGUGUGUUAGUUGGAAUUUUCACUUCAGUGUGAUGCAGUUCACUUCAUUGUCUCAGUGAUAAUGCACAUUUCCCAUUGAAUCUGUCCAUACCGUUCCAUAUUGAAUUACAUGCUACAUGUGCCAAGAUAGAUGUCAUGACGCAAGCACGACUCUGUUCCCCAACUUGCCACAGGUCAUCAGGAGCUCCCAGGAAGCAACAGUGCAUGAUGGGAGAAACAUACCUCAUUGGACCACUCUUCCUGUACACAGAGAUCUCCUUGGCAGGAACAAUGCAUGAUGGGAGAAACACACCUCAUCCGACGACUGUUCCUGUAUAUACACUGAGAUCUCCUUGGCAGGAACAAUGCAUGAUGGGAGAAACACAUCUCAUCCGACCACUGUUCCUGUAUAUACACUGAGAUCUCCUUGGCAGGAACAAUGCAUGAUGGGAGAAACAUAUCUCAUCCGACCACUGUUCCGGUAUAUACACUGAGAUCUCCUUGGCAGGAACAAUGCAUGAUGGGAGAAACACAUCUCAUCUGACCACUGUUCCUGUACACUGAGAUUUCCCUGGAAGGAACGGUGCAACUAGAGGAUGGUUCUGAUGAUUUAUGGCAAUUUGGUGAGGAGCUGUGGAUGAUGGUUGUAAAAAUGUAAUUAUGCUGUAUGUUGUGUUUAUUUGGUUAGAUAUUGUAGUGGGUUAUAUUUUAGUUGAAAUCUUAUGUUGAUGCUACGGGUUCUCUUGUUCAUGUUGAAAGAAGGGCCACUCCAACCCAUGUUUCACAUGGCUUUUAGUGUGAUUUGUGUUCUAGAGUAGACAGACCACUAAUAUUUUCUCUAUACAAUGUGGGUGUGGGCCCAAGGCAAAUGCCUCCAGUUUAAACCUUUGUUGCCAGUUACUACCACAUUCUCCCUCAGUUUCAAUCACCUUUUGACUCAAGUGGCAGGUAUUGAUCUCCUGGCUAGUACUGCAAUUCUACAAUCUUAGACAACUGUUCCCACACCACUCUCACCUGCAUCCAACAACCAUCCACUGUGGAUCCACUCCCACCCCCUCCACUCUCCACUCUCAUCCAUCACCCAGCGUUUUCUCCAGCAACAACCACCUGUCAUGAGUCCCCCCCUCUUCCCCCACUCUCCAGUUGUAUCCAUCACUCAGCAUUUAUCACCGGGAACAACCACCUGUCCUGAGUCCCCCCUCUUCCCCCACUCUCCAGUUGUAUCCUUCACUCAGCGUUCUCACCAGCAACAACCACCUGUCCUGAGUCCCCCCUCUUCCCCCACUCUCCAGUUGUAUCCAUCACUCAGCGUUCUCACCGGCAACAAUCAUGUGUCCUGAGUCCCCCCUGUUCCCCCACUCUCCAGUUGUAUCCAUCACUCAGCGUUCUCACCGGCAACAACCACCUGUCCUGAGUCCCAUGGGGAUGGGGGAGUCUGAUUAGGUUCCCAGGAUAAGUGGUGGCUCCCCCGGUAUUCUGUCACCCCCUCUUCCUCACUUCCUACAUCACGGCCUCACAUGAGUGACUGCUAAUCUAUACUUUCCCUAUACAUACGCAUGUAGUACAUGUAUGUGUCCAUGUUUCACUGCUGAGUAUCCAUGCAUGUAGUGUAAGUUGUCUUCCUCUUUAGUUCCUGCCACCACAGACUGCCUGAGUUCAGUGAGUUGGUCCGCUGGCUGCUGCAGUAUCAGAGUGGACUAUGUUGCAUGUAAACACUAACUUAUAUUGUCAUCUUUGCAGAAAGUCUACUGUACAGAUUUGAAUAAAAAAUUGAAACUGCUAAAA